CACAGAGAAUCUCUCCCGCCUGGGUGUUUUUGGAGAGCAAGAAGCAGCUAGCAAGCCAGCCAGCUGCAAAAUGAACUUCCCAGACCGAGGGAGUCUGUGGCUUGGCCUUCCAUCCUCCGAAUGCUGAAAGUGGGGAGAGCACCUCCGGAUCCUGCGCCCAUGUGGAUGGGGAGAGGAUGCGGGUGACCAUGAGGCGGGUGCUUAUGGGGGUGGGCUUUGCCAUUGCCCUGAUGGUCUCUGCCCACCUGGGCCAACAGAUGCUGCAAUGCCAGCACAUACUGGGCCAAGGUGCCAACCGGGGACUGAUGCGCCCGGAGAAUGAGGAGCUGGUGAUGUUGGACUCCAACCGGGUGGAAUACCGUUACAGCAAGGAGAUGCCUCUGAUCUUCAUUGGUGGCGUCCCCCGGAGCGGGACUACACUGAUGCGUGCCAUGCUGGACGCUCACCCGGAAGUACGCUGUGGGGAGGAGACGCGCAUCAUUCCGCGUGUGCUAGCCAUGCGCCAAGCCUGGUCCAAAUCUGGCCGGGAGAAGAUGCGCUUGGACGAGGCUGGGGUGACUGACCAAGUCUUGGAUGCCGCCAUGCAGGCCUUCAUCCUGGAGGUGAUUGCGAAGCAUGGAGAGCCAGCCAGGUACCUCUGCAACAAAGACCCCUUCACGCUCAAGUCCUCCCUGUACCUCUCCCGCAUCUUCCCAAACUCCAAGUUCCUCCUGAUGGUGCGUGAUGGCCGGGCCUCCGUCCACUCCAUGAUCACCAGGAAAGUCACCAUUGCUGGCUUUGACCUCCGCAGCUACCGGGACUGCUUGAUCAAGUGGAACAAAGCCAUUGAGGUGAUGCACUCCCAGUGCUUGGAGAUUGGGCUCUCGCGGUGCCUCCCCAUCUACUAUGAGCAGCUUGUCCUGCACCCCCAAAAAACGAUGCAGGCCAUCAUGGAAUUCCUGGACAUCGCCUGGAGCGAUGCUGUCCUGCACCACGAGGAGCUGAUUGGGAAGCCGGGCGGAGUCUCCCUUUCCAAGAUUGAGCGAUCCACGGACCAGGUGAUCAAGCCAGUGAACACAGAGGCCUUGACAAAGUGGCUGGGGCACAUCCCGGCAGAUGUGCUGCAGGACAUGGCUCAGAUUGCCCCCAUGCUGGCCAGGCUAGGCUACGACCCCUAUGCAAACCCACCCAACUAUGGGAAUCCAGACCCCCUGGUGAUCAACAACACACACAGGGUUCUUAAUGGGGAUUUUAAAACGCCUGCCAAUCUGAAAGGACACCUUCAGGGUGCACAAAAUACUACAGCUUUUCACUGACAAAGCUAGUAAUUUCCAGAUGCAAAUUGCUUCCCGUUGCUCCGAGGAGAAGAAAAUUUGCAACCAGCAACAGUGGAGCUCUGUUAUCCAAGCAUAUUGCUUGCUACUGUUAUUGCCAAAUCAAGUGCUCUCCGUGAAACACUUUGUGUGUGUGUGUGUGUGUGUGUGUGUGCGUGUGCAUUUAUUUGCCAGGUUUGGACAAUUCUGACUCCCUUGUUUGAACACUCCCUGUGGUAAAAGGGUGAAAUCUGUGGAAAUAACAGAGAACCACAAAGUAUAUUGGAGAAGAUUUUAUAGUGGUCUACUGGGGACCUUUUAAAAGUGUCUUGUAAUUUUUGUUCUCUAAUUUGCAGACCUCAGAUAGCUCCAUUAAUAUAACCUCGUUAGAGCGCUUUUGUCUUAUAGGCAACAAUCCCGAAUUUGCCGCCUUUUAAUUAUCUCAUUUGUAAUUUACAAAAAUAAAAUAGAUUUAUUUAUUAAUUCUUAAAUAAAUAUAUGAGGCUGUCUCCUUCA